AUGGGCACUUGUGCUCCCGCAGAGCUUAUUGUUCCACUGACAUUCUGUAUAUCAUGCACCUAUUUCGAGUGGUCUGCGUCUGUAGACGCGACGCCCCUGUCUCAACAUAAGACACUGUCUUUUGAAGUAACAGACCGAAUCCUACUUGAAGCGCCCGGAAUAGGAGAGUAUAGGAUUCAGUUUUGUCCGGUCUUCGGUGCAUUGGUGAUGAAAGCUGGCUCCUCCUCCUCCUCCUACACCCACACCAGCUACUUAGUUCCUCGGAUUUGUCCCAGAACUGUCGGGACUGCGAGGGCAGCUUUGCAGCUUGCCAGCUCCGCACUUCAAGCCUUUCUGCGCUCUGCGGCUUGGCCGAGCGCAAUCUUCUUGCCGCUUGGCCUGGUGGGGAAUGUCCCAGGUCCACCAGCCUGGAAGCCAAGGCUGCGCUUUGCAGAAGCGCAGAUUCCAAGUUAG